CGGGCUAUGAAUUAAGGUCGAAGCCGAAUAUGGUCCCGAAUUGCGAGGGUCAACUUGGGAGCGUACGCAUGUACUUAUGUAUAUGCCCAUCUCUGCACAUAUGCAGCAGAUCUGUCUUGCAGAUCUUAUGCCAAUCCGCCUCCGAUGUGCCUACUGAUCCGCAUGCCACUAAGGAACCUUUAAGAUUUUACUGUAAGCUGUCUUUGUGGCGGAAGAAUAUAAGCCGGGGCGGUGAUUCGUCAGCUACCAUGAUCAUGAUUUCACUGGAGCUGAAGCAAGUCGAGCGAGAUCCAGUUGUACUGUUUCAGCCGGUUCUCAACCACACGAAAAAAGGGAGUCUGCAGGGUAAAGGGGCCAUAUAAUAAAGGGAUCAAACAUGGUGCUUUGAGGGUGACGUUUGAUAGAAGGACGGGAAGAGGCGGGCGCCGAUGGCAGGUUAUGAUGACAGCAAGGGAAAUCGAUAUUGGUAACGUCAUAGGGAAGGCACGCCCGGGCGCGCCUUCCGCAUGCACACAUGGAUACAUACAUGAAUACAUGUACAUAUG